GGUUUUGUUUUGUUUCUACAUUUUAACAAAUAAUUGUCAAAUUUUAAUCUGAUCAAUACUUUCUUCACUUAUACGAUAGUAAAAUCAAAUUAUUAAUGAAGUGAAAAUUGUUUUUAACAUCAUUGUUUUAGUGCUCAAGAAUUUAUUGUUUCCUGAAUCAAAUAUUGUGGAUUCAACGGUAAAGUUGCAAUGGAAAAUUACAGCUUUUAAAAAGGGUAAAACAAGAAACCAAUGGGAAAGGAUAAAUUUAGUGAACAUCAAUUUGAUCAUCAACAUCAUCAUUAUUCUUCAUCAAUAACAAAUUGACAGUUAUUUUUCAUCUCUCUUGUUGUUUUGUUUCUCAACUAAAAUUCUCACCCUGAUUGUCACCUUUUAAUCAUUGCAACAUCAUCAUCAUGGUUAAAGGUUGUAGUAAUUCGUGUAUUCAAUGGGUUUUGUUCACAUUCAACUUUAUUUUUGUCUGCCUUGGUGCAGCAAUUUCCGGAUUGGGAAUUUAUUUCCUAGUUAAAUCUAUGGACUUUAAGCAAAUAAUUGAUACGCCGGACUUAGGAGCGAUAAUUGUCAUUUUAACUGGUGUAGCUGUUUUCAUUAUCAGCUUCUUUGGUUGUUUCGGUGCUAUUCGGGAAAAUUCAUGUAUGCUUCGUACAUAUUGUUUCACGGUUGGAGUUUUAGCAAUUCUUCUUAUUGUUCCGGUUAUAAUAUUCAUUGUCUAUAAUUACAAGAUUGAUGAUGUUCUGGAAAAGCAACUUCAAACGGCUUUCAAAGAGUACCGAAUAAAUAGCUCUCAAAGAAGUUCGGUUUCAGCUGCUAUUGACUCACUUCAAUGGUCAUUCAAAUGUUGUGGUUACAGUGGUCCUUAUUGGUGGUCAGCCAACUUACCAGAAUUCAGUGAUUCAACAGCGCCAGCCUCUUGCUGUUUAGAACCAUCGCCAGGAAGUGUCCAAACUAAAUGUUCACUUGAUCAAGUCAAAUUUCAAAAGGGCUGCGAUGCCGAAUUGCGUGAUUUACUCAAGCUUUUCCUUAACGUAAUGAUUGCUAUCCUUUUAAUCAUUGGAUUUACAUUACUGAUGGCCGCCUGUUUUGCUUGUGUCCUCGCCAAUGCUGUUUAAACUAUUACAUACAGUCUUUGAUUACUUAUUAAAAAUGUAACAAUAUUAAUUUGUACAUGAAAAAAAACAAUUUGUAUCUAAUUGACGAAAAGCUCACCUCUCUAGACUACAUCGACAACACAUUUUCACCCGGCCACUUUUUCGUCUAAAAUCAGGAUAACCACUGGACAUCAAGAUUUGUUUAAAUCAAAGGAUCAUGAUUUGGAAUGAAAAAUCGAGAACAAUUUUUAUAAUUUUUGUCUAUUAAAUAACAUUUAAGGAAACGCAAAUGGAUAUAAGCAGCAGUUUUUGUGAAAAUACGGAUUUCACUACGACCAGUUAUUUGAUUAUCUUGCAAUUCUUUGAUCGAUCUCAUCUUAUUAAAAUCGCAACUCUCCUAUUCCAUUUCACUUUUAAAUGUUUCAAAAAGUCCAUCAGUGCCCAUUAUGAUCAUUGAAUUAGUUUCAAUCUUGCCAUUUGUUUAAUACCUCGUCAUUCCCAAUUGUUACUUUUGUCAAUAAUUUGUCUCAUCUUUUAGAUUUUAAAAUCUUGUCAUCUAACACAUUGACCAAUUUCAAAAUCAAUGUGACUUAACACUCUCUUUGGUAUCAUGUAAAGCUGUAUUAAUUUACUCCUUGAUAUUAAAAUAUAAAUCACAAAAAUUA